AGAAAAAGGAAAGUAUGGAUCAGAGAGCGGCGGAGUUUCAGUGGGAAGGUAGACACUCAAAACGAUCAAAUUUAGGCUAAAAAUCUCUUUAAUUGUAAGGAUUUUGCUGUUUAGUAAGCGAUAAAUCGUCUAAUUAUUCUGUGCAUGUCCAGGUGUGUGUUUAUAUAAAGUUAGCCAACUUGUGUUGGUGUGUUUUUGAUUGAUUAGUCAGUGGGUAUUAUCAAUACCUCCAUGGCUUUGAUAGCGACCGAGCAGGGCUGCAAAGUGAACGGGACGUCGGUGAUUUACGGCAGAGUUGGGCCAAGAAAAGAGGCGUCUCAAGCGAAGGCGGAGUGCUUUAAAACGGCCAAAAUGCAGCCCAAAGAGACGGAGUAUUCAACAGAUGGCCUCCCCAAAGCCUUCCUGCACAGUCUGAGGACGCUGUUUGACAUUUUGGAUGACGCUGGACGCGGUUAUGUCCACAUCUCGGAGAUCGAGAGCCGCUGGCAGGGCGCAGACACCCGAGACCUGCCCGGCGGGGUGCUUAACUGCCUCAGGAGGGUCACUCCACCGCAUGGCUGCCUCACCUUUGAGCGGUUCGUUGCGGGGCUGCGGUACUCCAUGCUCAACCCAGAGAACAGCUCCCACUUAAAGGCCCAGGCUGCCGUACACCCGCAGCAGGCUCCAAAGCAGCCCCAGAAACCCGCACCGCUGUCCUCAUGCAGCGUCGGGACCCGGGUUGAGAACAAGGUGCGUCCGCUGGGGCCGAGCAACGUGACCAACACCCAGCAGCACCGGGCGUCCUCCUUGCAGGGUCGGGCCAGGCCCGAAGACGGGCCCGGGUACCCCGCGUGUGGGCCGGCGCGGUACAACGCGGGCUUCGAGAGGUCCGGGCGGAGUUUGGAGAGGAUUCCCAUCGCGCCGGAGGGCGGGUGUUACCGGGCCGAACCGGGCCAUGUCACCAAACCAACCCAGCCUCAGCAGAGCCGGGUCAGGACCAUUGAGUCUCUUGCUCUGGAGUCACCGCAGCUCCAAGGACAAAGUGUUGUGAAAUCAGGUUUACCAAGAUCUCAGAGCGAGUCAGCAACAGGAUUUACAGGUGGCUCCAGGCGACACGGGCGUAGUCGGGACGAGCAGAGGCGGCAUACCAUAUCUAACGGAGUGGAUUACGGAAUGUUGAAGCAAAUGAAAGAGCUGGAGCAGGAGAAGGACUCCCUGCUGGCGGGCCUGGAGGUGGUGGAGCGGGCCCGGGAUUGGUACCAGGGCCAAAUCCACAAUGUAACAGAGAGACAGCGGCAGGUCGGCCAGAACUCCCACUGCACGGAUUUUCUCACAGAAGCCAAUCAGAGUCGCAUGAAUGUUCUUAUUCCUAAACUGCAAGAAGUCAACCGCUGCCUUAAUGACCUUAUUUCCUGCUCUGGGAUGCAGUCAUUUCCUUCUGGCGGCGCUCAGACAGCAGCGCUCUCCACAAGCUCCCAGCCUCCACCUCCAGCACCUCCACAAGCCAUCCAGAGACUGAAGGACCAGAACCGACUUCUCACACAGGAGGUGACAGAGAGGAGCGAGCGGAUCGCCCAGCUGGAGCAGGAGAAGUCGGCCUUGAUAAAACAGCUUUUCGAGGCUCGUGCCCGCAGCGUUCAAGACACCAGCGCCAUGGAUUCCACCUUCAUCUGAAAACACCGUAACGUCACCGCGUCUCAGCUAGGAAUCAUCACGAUGUAACGUCGACAUAUCUGACUGAAGCGGUCCCUAAGCUGACCCUUGUUUACCCAACUGACCACUCCUGGCAGUGACGCACCUUUUUGCCAACAUCCUCAACCGCAACGUGUGACCACUCCACCCCGAAAACCAAAUCACGCACUACUACCUAGAUGUGAACACUCCGAGCAACACGUGACCCGAAUGACUCGACUGCUGCCUUCACAUUUCCUACCUAAACACUCCUAACGAGCCGAAAAGCCUGGAACACUAUCAAGAAAACCACCAGGGUCUCUUUGCAGGAUUAUAGCAGCUGCAAGUUCUCCACUCCCACUCCCUGAAGACUGUUUACUUCUGCUGCUCGACUUCACAAGGAAAAACAUGAACUUUAUUAACUCGGAUCCACUGAAGCUGAAUUAUAGUGGUCUAAAAAGCUACUGGACAAUGGGGAUGAUGGUUUUUGUUGGAAUAAAAUGCCAUAUUCUUACAGUUAAAUUAUCAGCUGCAUCUGCUUGCUGUGACCUAUCCAAUUACAUUUUUGUUUACAAUUUUUUUUAAGUCUGGUACCUUGAUCUAAAUCAAAUAUAAUGACUUUGCCCUUUUUUUCUCUCCAUAUUUCCUACUUUAUAAUGUAAAUUAAUUAUCUCACAUCGGCUUUCAAUCACUGAGAGAGUUACUGAGAACAUUGCCUGUAAAAGAAGAACAGUUUUUAUAUUAUAGUAGCAUGUUUAAUGUCAAGACCUAUCAUGAAUUUUGAGAUGUUUUUUCCUUUUAAGGUUGGGGGGGGAAAAAAAAAAGAUGGGAGGUCAGCCUAUAAACUGACGAGAUGUAGAGGCAGAGAUGGACAAGAGAGGUUUGAAAGUUUGCACGAAGAAGAGCUGAGGAGGAUAAAACGUGGUAGACGGUGAAUGUGUCAAAGCUGCGGGCCGAGCUCCUUUGGUUGGGAGAUCUUCUGAUGUCAUGUCAGAAUCAAAAAAAACAACAACAACAACACUUUGGCUAUUUAGUGCUACAACCCCUGUAUGUGUUUACAGCGGAUUCUUUGCAUGGGUCAUAUUUACAGCCCAUGAUAUUUAUCUUUUGAGAGAUUUCUGUUCGAAAAAUGGAGAUUAAACGUUAGCACAGAUGUAAAAGCCCUUGUUGUCUUUACCGGGAUCAGCCUGGAAACAGAUGGCUUCUGACUAAAACUGUAAAAACAUUUAGCCAUUCACAAGUUUACAAGAGAAAUCUUUAGUUAGUGGGUGGCAGUAGGACAAAAAAAAAGUCGUUUUGUAAUGGAUCUGUAUGGUACUGCUGGGAUGUCCGCACAUAACAUAGUUAUAUACUGUUGAUGUCUGUUUCCCACUUGUCUGAUUGUAUGUUUUUUUGCUGCUCGAAACUACAUUAUGUGUGAGUGACACUCUUUUCCUUCUGCUUUCUAUCAAGAGUACUCGGAUGAAAUGUAAAAUAAUAAAUAUGACCAAACGGG